AGAGGUUCCUAUCUCAUUCAUUCAUUUGUUAUCUACCUCCCACCGUUCACAACUAAACGGCCACGGCCAAGGCCAAGAGCACCUCACGCCUCUUCUUCUUCCUCUGCUGGAGUGCUUACUACCUGUUUGUUCCUUCAUCCCAACCCACGGCCAUGACUCAACCCGCUUGGUACUGCGGCUGGUCUAUUCCUGUGCGGUGAACUUCACUGCAGUCUUCAGGGGCUCACGUGCACCGAUGUACUUGUCCAAAGUCCAAACUGCUAACCGGUGGAAGCCCAUUGUGGUCCAAGGCCUCCUCCCGGUUGUCCAACGGACCGAGCGAGACAGACACGUGGGCCCAGCUUCCACCCCCAUCUCCCUCCUCCAUAAAUAAUCCCCCACCCCACCCCACCCCGAUCGCAAUCACACGCUAACCUCCCGCCCAAUUCCAAAGCCAAUUCGCACCGCCAUGGCCAAAUCCUCCGCCGCCGGCUUCCACACCCCGCGCCCCUCCUCCCUCCGCUCCUCCUCAGCCCCCCGCAGCUCCGUGGGGUCCUCCUCCUCCUCGUCGGCGGCCGCCGCAGCGAAGCUCCCCGUCGCCGCCUCCUUACCCCGCGACCUCGCCUCCAACGCCAAGGUGGUGGCCAAGUGCCUGGCCUACGACGACGACCUCACCCUCCACGCCGCCGUCUUCUCCACGCUGCCCCCGGAUGCCGUGCCCAAGGAGGGCUUUGCCGCGCAGGAGGACGACCUCGCGCCACUUCUCGACCUGCCGGACCCUGACGCCUCCUCCACCACCGUCAUCUCCGCUGCUCCCGAUGACGCGAUCACAGCUUCCGCCGACUCGUGUGUCACCGAGGUAGCGGCGCGCGGCGACUCCACCGCCGACAGUAACGCGCCCCUCCCGGAGCAGAUCAACCACGUCCUGGCCGAGCUGCACGCCUGUGGCCUCAGCCCGCGCUCCAAGCGCCUCCUGGCCGCGAUCGCGGAGGCCGCCGCCUUCGAGCUCGCCCCCGCGGCCUCCGCCCGCCGCGCCGCCUUCUGGGGCAAGGUGCGCGUCGGGGUCCUCACCGCGACGCUCGCCGCCGUGGCCACCGUCGACGUCGCGCUCGCCGCCUACCUCUACGCACGGCGCGUGAACGAGCGGUACCACGUCCUGCCCCCCACCUGAUCCGACCGCCGCCGCGCGUGCGCCUCGAUCGUGCAGAGACGAAACCGUGAUCGCUUCCUCCCGUCACGUUUUUUGUUGCCUUACCUGAUAUUUUUGUUGUUGCAGUACGUAGCUAAUGUAAUGUUGCUGCUGAAGUGUUAAUUGCCGUAGUUACAUUGCUGGUAUAGGCCAGCUAAGUAGAUUCAGAAAAGAGGUGGUGAAUGAAUAGGCAACUGAACUUCACACGAGACUUCAACUUGUCAUUUCCUACACCUACUAUCAA